AUCACAUCAAAGAGUCAAGGACCAGAUAUAGAUCACGGCUCGUCUCUCUACGUACGUGCAGUUUCCUGUGGGGUGAGGUGCCUUGCGGCUUACUCCGGACCACGACCACGACCACUGGCCAACUUCCACUUGAUCAUCGCUCACGAGCAAUAUCGCUAUCAUGUGAUUUAAUCUGUUGCAUGCAGGCCCGCAAUGUUUUAGCGAAUCAAGUGUUCUCUGUCGAUCUGCAAACUAAUUGUCGCUUUGCAUGUCGGGACAUCGUAUAAAUGCAGCAUGUCCACCGUACACUCACAGCUCGCAAAGCAGCUGAGCCAAGCAGUACAGUCUACAGUGGCUGCACGCCUGCACUGCACACUGAAUACUAGUCUGCAGGUACGAAUACGAGUACGACUAAGCCAUGGCGGACACGGCGUCGGAGCAUAGCAGCGGCGGCGGCGGCAUCCACAUCCUCCUGCUCCCGUACCCAAGCCAGGGCCACAUCAACCCGAUCCUCCAGUUCGGCAAACGCCUCGCGGCCACCCACCCGGGCGUCCGCUGCACGCUCGCCGUCACGCGCUUCCUCCUCGCCGAGACCCGCGGCGCCGCGUCCCCUGGCGCCGUGCACCUCGCGGAGAUCUCCGACGGCUUCGACCGCGGCGGCUUCACCGAGGCCGCGGGCGACGUGGCCGCCUACCUGGCCCGCCUGGAGUCCGCCGGCUCGCGCACCGUGGGCGAGCUGCUGCGCGCCGAGGCGGAGGCGGGGGAAGAGCACGGCCGCCAGCCCGUGCGCGCCGUGGUGUACGACGCGUUCCUGCAGCCCUGGGCUCCCGCCGUGGGCCGGCGCCACGGCGCCGCGUGCGCGGCCUUCUUCACGCAGGCGCCCGCCGUGGACCUGGCGUACGCGCACGCCCAAGCGGGACGGAUGCACGUGCCAGUGCUCGGCAUCGGUGAGGAGACGCUGGAGCUGCCCGGCUUGCCCGCCGGGCUUAAACGGGCCGAUCUGCCGACGUUUCUGACCGACCCGAGCGACUGCCCGGCGUACCUCGAUCUCCUGCUGAAGCAGUUCGUAGGCCUUGACUCCGUUGACCACGUCCUCGUCAACUCCUUCCACGAGCUGCAGCCGCAGGAGUCGGAGUACAUGGCGGCCACGUGGGGGGCCAGGACGGUCGGCCCGACCGUGCCGUCGGCGUACCUCGACCACCGCAUCCCCGAAGACGUCUCCUACGGCUUCCACCUCCACACGCCCACGACGGCGGCGACCAAAGCCUGGCUCGACGCCCGCCCGCCGCGGUCCGUGGCGUACGUCGCCUUCGGGAGCAUCGCGGCGCCGAGCGCGGCGCAGGUGGCCGAGGUCGCGGAGGGGCUGCUAAACUCCGGCGCGCCGUUCCUGUGGGUCGUCAGGGCCUCGGAGACCUCCAAGAUCCCCGAGGGCUUCGCCGACAGGGCCUCGGAGAUCGGCAUGGUCGUGACGUGGACGGCGCAGCUGGAGGUGCUGAGCCACGGCGCCGUGGGCUGCUUCGUGACGCACUGCGGGUGGAACUCGACGACGGAGGCGCUGGGCGCCGGCGUGCCCAUGGUGGGCGUGCCCCAGUGGUCGGACCAGACCACCAACGCCAAGUACAUCCAGGACGUGUGGCGCGUCGGCGUGCGCGCGCUGCCGGACGGGGAAGGGGUUGUGAGGAAGGAGGAGGUGGAGAGGUGCGUGAGGGAGGUGAUGGGGGGCGAGGAGUACCGGAGGAAUGCGGCCCAGUGGAAGGAGAAGGCCAGGAUGUCCAUGAGCGAAGGUGGCAGCUCGGACAGAAACAUCGUGGAGUUUCUUCGUGAUCUUGGAUUGGGAAAAUCCCAGCAAUCGACUGAGGCAUUGUGAACUGGUGUAUCAUUUUGUGGCACUCUCUGACGUAUAUGUCAGUGGGAUCGUAUGAUCGGGGUACAAGUUCCAGUGGAAUUUAUCUGAAUAAAAUCAACGCCAAAUCUUUUCUGCGCC